AGUAGAAAAUAAAAAUCGUUUACAUAACCUUAUUAUUUCAACCACGUUUGAUUUGAAUAUUUACAUUUUUUCCAACUGUGAUUAAGUGAAAAUGGGCAAAAAGAAACGCGGACGUUCGGUCAAAAAGAAUUUAAACCAAACCACAGAGUCUAAUGACUUCGUCCAAGCUCCACAUUCGUUUGUUAUCCAUCGUGGUAUUCCGGGAGGGCACAUUUGGGAACUAACUAAGGACUUUAGAAAAGUUAUGGAACCGUUUACAGCAGCUUCUUUAAAAGAAAGAAAAAAGAACGCGAUUAAGGAUUUCGUAUCUAUUGCUGGGCCGUUACACGUUUCCCAUUUAGUAAUAUUUUCAAGAACAGACCUUGGAAUGUACCUAAAAUUAACACGGUUGCCUAAAGGACCGACAUUAACGUUUAAAAUACACAAUUUUUCAUUGGCACGAGAUGUGGUUUCGGCGCUUAAGAAACAAAGAGUUGUAGAAGCUGCUUUUAAGCAUUCACCGUUAAUUGUGUUAAACAGUUUCAGUGGUGAAGGUUUACACAUGAAGAUGAUGUCUACGAUGUUCCAAAACAUGUUUCCAACGAUUAAUCUAACAAACAUCGACUUAAACACGAUCCGAAGAUGCGUUCUAGUAAAUUAUAACUCCAGUACUAAGCUAAUAGAGUUUAGGCAUUAUAACAUAAAAGUUGCUCCGGUAGAUAUAUCGAAAGGAGUUAAGAAGGUAGUGCAAGGGAAGGUCCCUAACUUAACAAAAUGUAAUGAUAUUUCGGAAAUAUUUACAAGAGCUGGCAUGAUGUCUGAAAGUGAAGCUGAAGAUGAUCCCCAAAAUCACGUGCAAUUGGCUCAAAAAAUAGCCUCUAGAGGUAACAUGGAAAUGGGGAAAUCCGCCAUAAGAUUAAACGAAAUCGGACCGAGACUAACAUUGCAAUUGAUAAAAAUAGAGGAUGGUCUUUUGGAUGGUGAAGUUUUAUAUCACGAAUUAGUCUAUAAGACGGAAGAAGAGAAAGAAGAGAUACAAAAGAAACGAGAGCAGAAAAGAAAACUAAAGGAGAAGAGAAAGAAAAUUCAAGAAGCAAACAAAAAGGCUAAAAAUGACACUAAAGAAUUAUUGAAACAACAAUCAAUUAAAGGAAUGCAGAAAAAAGGGAUUUUAAAAACCAACACAGAAGAUGAACAAGUUGAAGAGAUGGAUAAUGACGCUGAAUAUUAUAAAGAGGAUGUCGGGGAAGAACCAGAUAAAGAUCUGUUUUCUGGAACAAAUGGUGUUAAAAGAAAGUAUAUUCCUCCGCAUUAUAAGAAUAAGAAAAUGAAGACGGAUAAUUCAGAUAAAUAUCCCAAAGCGCAAUUUAAGAAAAACAUAAACAGAAGGAACGACACGAAAUUUAACUCUAAAGAUAAACCCAAAAAAUCUGUAAAAUUCGCUAUUAAGUCGAAAACAAAAAAACAAUUUAAAAGGAAAUAGUUUAAUAAAAAAUUCUUCUACGUGAGACUCUUUGAUAAUUCAUGUUUCUCUCUGUUGUCUUGCCUAAUUUUACUCUCCCUUAAUCUCCUUUCCGUCCGCGACUCCUCCCUUGCUUCGUAAUAUUUUUCCCUAAAAUCGGAUAUAUUGCACGUGUAUUGCUGCAUUUCCUCUACAGUAGGCUCUCGGAUCUUUUCAAACGUCAACAGCCUUCUAGAAGUUACCUUCGAUAAUCCUUGUUCACUGUUAGCCGUUAAUGUAAAACAAGGAUGAGAAGGCAGGCAUUUUUCAUUGUAAUCUUCCCUAAACACAAACAAUAAAUUAUAUAUUUAGUAAUUACAUUUUUAGGUAACGCUUACCUAAAUACUGGAAACCAGCAAACAACGCACCCGCCAAUUUUCAAAUGCUUUGCAGCAAACAGUAACAAAUCCCCGUAGAUGUUGGAAAUCCCGUAAUCGAUCUUAGCAGGAAUAUGCGUCGGUAAGUGCUCUUCCUUGACUUUGUAAUUCUUUUUCAAUGUACCUAUUUUUUCUGUCGCCUCUCUUAUACCGUAAGGUGCUGAAAAAUCGUAUCACUAUUUUGCAGAAAUGUUAUCGAUUAUCUUACGAUCCGUGAUGAUUGCGUCGAAUUUAAAAUCGUUUCUCCAAAAAGAUGCAGAGAAAUCGUUAACUAAUACAUCUAAAUACCGAUGGCUCAAGUCGUAUUGCUCCAUAUUGGCUUUAACGCUCUCGUCUUUUU